AUGCUUACAGAUGACAUGAAGCUAUCAAGGGUCACCAUCAGUGGAGCCUUGCUAACUCGGUACAACGCCAACCCAGAUGAUAUUCAUUUUAGGAUUGUAACCAGUGAUGAAACCUGGGUUUAUCAUCAUGAUCCGGAGAGCAAACAGGAGUCGAUGGAAUGGAAACACGCCACUUCUCCAAAGACAAAGAAGUUCAAAGCCACCAUAUCCACCAAGAAGGGUAUGAUGACCAUCUUCUGGGACAGCAAAGGAGUGAUUCACAUCGACUACCUGCCCCAUGGCACCACAAUGAAUGGGGAGUAUUACGUCAAGUUAUUGAAGCAGGUGCGCCAAUCCAUCAAGGUGAAACGCCGUGGAAAAAUCCGUCGUGGGAUUCUGCUUCACCAGGACAACGCACCAGUCCAGACGAGCCGUGUUGCAAUGACAGCUGUGCAAGAAUGUGGCUACGAACUCCUCCCUCACCCACCCUAUUCUCCAGACCUAGCCCCCAGUGACUUCCACCUCUUUCCCAGGCUGAAAAAACACCUCCGGGACUGGAGAUUUGAAGAUGACGAUGAGCUAACUGCUGCUGUGGAGGGUUGGUUAGGGGACCAGAAUGUUGACUUCUCCCGAUCGGGCAUCAGUGACUGGCAAACUAGGCGGAACAAGUGUGUGGAGUUGGGAGGGGACUAUGUUGAUAAAAUAACGUAG